UGCAGCACAGUCGGCAAAGAGGAGCUGUAUGGAUGACGGACCCCUUUCACAUAACAACAAAUAUGGCGACCCCCAGUUAAUUUAAGUGGAAUUCAUUUAAUCCUUCCUGGUCGUCUUUUGUGCAAUAGUAUCAAUGAUUAAAUACACGAGCAACAACAGUACUUAUUUCGUUGACACUGAAAAUAAGAACGUAGAUCUUUGUAUUAUUAUUAUUAUUAUUAUUAUUAUUAUUAUUAUUAUUAUUAUUAUUGUUACCUUACCGACAAAAAAAUAAAUGAUCAAAUUUUACUUGCAGUACUUAAGCCAUCAAUGCUGCAAUUUUACUUAAAAUACAGUUGCGGUUUUUAAAGAAUUUUGUAUAAUAACCAAUGUUGUCUAUAUGUUAUUACGAAAAAUCAAGAAAGAGAAUGUGGACCUACUGAGGACAGUAGGUCAAUCGUCAUCAUUCAACAAAUAAUAAGCAGCUUGUCCAGUUUUAGCCAGGAAUAUUCAGAGGGUCUGUUUUGCCAGAAGGAAUCAGAAAUCAUGGUGCUGAAGAUCUUCUUCCCCCAGUGUUGCAACGCGGCAGAUAGCGGUCUCCUGAUCGGCCGGUGGCUUCCAGGACAUAACUCUGCCGUUGUGCUGGCUGUGAUCCACUUCCCCUUCAUCCCUGGCCAGGUAAAGCAGUAUCUGAACCAGCUCCAGAGUCUAACCCAGGUGGACCUGACUGUUCUGGGCUCCUGGUGCAAGCCUUCGGAGGACCAGGAGAGAGUACAGAGUUUUCUGAAGGAUCUGAGCACCAUUUUCCCACAUGAACGCUGGCUCCAGCUGAGCAGUGAGAAAGGAAAGAAGCGCUUCAGCUGUCUAGUGAACUCCCGAGGCAGCAAGGUGUUCGAGUCUGGUGAUAAGGAGGACAAGGGUGAUCAGGUGAUCUGUAUCCACUAUGAUCAGUGCAAGGUCAUGCUGUCCCAGCUGCACCCGGCCCAGGGAGGGAUUCUCAACCCCCAGACAGAGCUGUCCGAACUCAGGCUGGUCUUCCAGACUGUAUCCCAGAGCCAGGCGCUCUUCUACAUAGACAAGUACGACGAAGGGCCAUUCAAGCUCACCCACUGGCAGUCAGAGGGCAGAGAGGGCAGUAUUCUAGUGGAGCUUUCCAAGCAAGCCUCUGUGCCAGUGUGUCUAGUACUCGCAUGGCUGCUGUCCAUCUGGUAUUGGGUGUGCAAAAGCAGGAUCCUGAACCUGUGGCCAAUGCGUUUUGUGUCCAGCAAAUUGUCUUCCUGCAUCCAACUGAGUCAUCGGGCAGAGCACCUGCAGACGAUCAGUGUCCCCAGGAAGGCAGAGGACCACACAGAGUUCAUGAGAAAGGCAAAUAUCUUUGUUUCGUUCCUGGUCGAUGUGGCUCUGGGGCUCCUACUCGUCUCCUGGCUCUACAGAGAGAAUCGAAUCGGGCAGCUUGCCGAAACUCUGGUUCCUGUUGCUGAUCACAUCGCAGAGGAGCUUCAGGAGCUGCUAAAGUGGUUGAUGGGAGCACCGGCUGGGCUGAAGAUGAAUCGGGCUUUGGACCAGGUGCUGGGAAGAUUCUUCCUGUACCACAUCCAUCUGUGGAUUAGUUAUAUUCACCUACUCUCCCCAUUCAUUGGGAUGAUCCUGUGGUACGUGGGCCUCUCUGCCUGCCUGGGGCUGACCUUUGCACUCUCUGUCCUCUCUGAUAUUGUUGCCUUGCUGACAUUCCACAUUUACUGCUUCUACGUCUAUGGAGCCAGACUCUACUGUCUAAAGAUCUAUGGGCUGUCCUCUCUGUGGCGGCUGUUUCGUGGAAAGAAAUGGAAUGUACUGAGGCAACGUGUGGACUCCUGUUCUUAUGACCUGGACCAGCUGUUCAUUGGGACUCUACUGUUCACCAUUCUCCUGUUCCUAUUGCCAACCACAGCGCUCUAUUACCUGGUCUUCACUCUGCUCCGCCUGCUGGUGGUGUUGUUCCAGGGUCUGCUUCACCUCUGUGUGGAUUUUAUAAACUCAUUCCCUCUCUUCGCUAUGGGGCUCAGGAUCUGCAGAUCCUAUAGACUGGCAGCUGGAGUGAAGUUUCGUGUGUUGGAACAAGAGUCAGAGAGGCCACUUCACUUACUUAUGGAGAUUAAUCCCUUGACGUACAGCGCAGUGCUGCAGUGGUACAGGACACUGACAUACAGCUGCUACCCAAAGGACUCUUGGGGGGCGCUGUGCAAGAAACUGUUCAUCGGGGAACUCAUUUACCCCUGGAAACACAAGAACAUUAAAACAGACUGAUCUUCUCUUCUAUAGAACAAAAACUGUCCAGGCCUGAGGCUGUGGAGAUGAGGAAAUUAAGCUAGUAGCGCUUUUAUAUAGUUUUACAAAGGGACAGGAUAGUCACCUGAAUAAGAAAUAUAUUUUAGGGAGCAAUGCAAUUAGCAUUUUUUUUUUUUACAGCUAUAAGAGAACCGAAAACAAAAUAUCACGAUUGAUUUUAAUUGUGAAAUUAUGGAUUCAUUUAUUGUAACUUUAAUUUCUAUAUGUUUCUGUUGAUUACUUUAUAGUGAUGAUUCAAGAUCUUUGACCCUGUCUAGAGAGACCAGAUCUCUUUUAUAUACCAGUGUAGCAAAGUUUCCUUAAAAUAAAAAAUAAUUAAAAAUGUCACAUUACAUGGCUUCAGCAAUAACAACCAGACUUUUUUUGCACUGAUAUUGAAGUUUAUUAUUUCCCCUUUUGUAUGUAUUAGAUUAUUACAGCAGUGAUAGAAGUUUCUGUUGAAAAGUUAUGGGUGUGUUCCAAAAAAUCGAAUUCCUCACUAGCAGUGAAAACAUGUUGUUUUCUAGUAACAUUCUGAAUACAAAUAUUCUUUUUAAAAUAA